AUGGCGACUGUACAAGUAACUCGCCAGCCACGGCUAGCAGAUGAUGCCGCGACUGCUGCCCUAUAUGUGACACACCCUGAACGCAGGGCAUCUCUCCGCGCCCCGACCGCAACAAAACCACAGAACUUGAACUCACACGCGGUUGGUGGUACCCGAAAGCUCAGCCACGCCUCCGCUGCAUCGGCGAUCGCACACGCAAAUCGCAAACCUGUCGAAGUAUGGCAGCCCCCGGCAAGACAGCCUGCUGCCGAGAAGGCUGCACUAUGCGUGAAGGACUAUGCUCCGCCCCAACAACCCAAAUCCACUACCCAACACAGCGCGGAGGGGCUGGGAGCUGCAAUGCUCGCUGUUCGUGAGCAGAGAGCCUCGGUGAGCCAGGCUUCUGCAUCCGCUGCCAGGCGUGGCAGCUCAACCGAUCGUUACCACCAUACAGCCGUCGGCGGCAACCCGAAGGACAAGGCGCUCAAGGCCGCAUCGGGCGCUUACACCCUCUCGCGUAAGAGAGCCGACUCGGCACCCAGUGACGCAGGUGUUACCUCCGAACUUCCAUAUGACGCUUCAAUUGGCGCAUCACGAUAUUCUCGUGUGGAAGAGGAGGACCCCCUUGACCACUUAGACCCUUCUCUCGAAUCAAGCCGGGUCCGACACAUGUCUAACACUAACCCGAAGCUGUACACCUCAUCGCCACCUGUCCAACCCGAAGUGGAGGAACGAAACAACAAGAACUCGCAGCGCGCUGCUGCCAUCUCAAUGGCAAAGGAGAUGUACAAAGUCACCGGUACUAAGCAACAAACCGGUGAAUCUCCCGCCGUCCGAGCAGCCCAAAAGGGACAAAGUCAACUGGGCUACCGCAAGACCGUAUCCACUGCAGAUGGGUCUGCCCUCCGACGUGCGAUUGCCCUACAAGAGGCAGCGCAAAAGCGAGCCGCCGAGAAGUUGGCGCUUAUGCAGGAUGAGCAUGCAGACUACCAGCUAUAUUAUGGCACUGCACCUCCACCACGGUCGCGCUUGAUCACCCGUCGCAAGAGAACUUCGAGCGAUACGGAUGCCUCUCAGACUGACGCAGAGCAGUCUCGGCAAAUCCGGAACCAGAUGACCAGCCUGCGGAACAAGAUGGGCCACGUAGAGGAUCGUCAGACGCAGGAUCGUGAAUUGCUUAUGCAAGCUGCCCGUCGCAAUGUGGACCGAACCCUCCAGGACAUGGAGGCGCGAGUUUGUGCGGACACCGGUCGCGCUCCGGCUUCCGUACAGAGGGGGUGGGAUGAAGCUGCCCAGGCACGCGUGCGACGGGAGGCGGAGGAAUUUGAAGCCGUUAACACCCAAGGGGAUCGAGUGAACAUCGGCGGCCAAAAGUAUAUGGACAUGGCCGACGUCGAUGCUGUCGCUCGGUCUCGCCUCCAGCCUGCUCUUGAUGAGAUUACCGAGAAUGCUGAACAACGGAGGGCCAACGAAAUCGAAGCCCGUUUGGACGCUGAAGAGGAGGAGAGACAUGCUGCUGUGGAGCGUGAACGCGAAGCUGAUAUGAGAGAGGUGGAGAGACAACUGAGAGGAACAGGCAAGCGCGACAAAUCCGAGAGCAAGGUUCCCAAAUUCUUUUUGUGGCGGAGGAAGGGCAAGCGAGCUCGGGUUGAGGAAUCUGAGACCGAAGAGGCCCAAGCUGUCUCGCCUGUUACCCAAGGAGCUGUAUUAGAGCGGCCUCCGAGUACAGCCCCGGACGUCAAUGCGUCGACGGACACUAUCCCCGAGCAAGCUUCUAUUGUGCCAGAGCCGAGGGAGACCAUUCCCGAUGAAGCUUCUGUUCAAACAGAAAUAGCCGCUCCCGAAAGCGUCGCAGCCGUCUCAUCAGCCCCAGAGACUGAACCUUCAAAGCCCGAUGAAAACGAUGUGCCAGUGGCAAUCCCACGGCGGCCGACACGAAGCCAGACCGAACCCCUUGACCUCGAGCAGCGAGAUGCAGCUGCCUCCGGUCCAUCAGUUGUGCACUACUUCACGCCACCAGUCACAAGCCCGCGUGCCGACACCAAGCUCAAGAACUGGUUCCGCGACCGUCUCGUCCGCCGCUCCAGUGGCCCAGUCCCCAUCUACCCCCAUCAGCCAGCUCCGGAGUUCAACACAGACAGUGAACCCGCCUUCCAAGGUGGAGCCACUCUCACCGGCCGCGACGAGCCUCGCGGCGCAGCACUUGGCUCACACCCUCUUGGCGAAACUAUCCCGACUCACAACAGAUCUUCAAGCUACUACAGCAACGACUUUGAUGUGAGCAAGAUUAACAGUGCCGACUCUGCCCCGGGGUCAACCAAGCAAAAUGGCAAUGGCAAAAGAAGGAACCGUCUGAGCAGGACGUUCUUCAAGACCGUCUCCGAUAACCAUGAUGAGUCGAACGACGGUGACUCACGUCGUGACUCGGGGAUUCAAUCUUCAUCUCAGGAUGUCGAGGGCGCUGACGCUCAGAGUCUGCGCGAUAGUGCUAAUGGCCAGGGUCUUACUGUGCCACCUACUAUCGGCGAGACGGUCAACGGAAGAAGAGAAUCUCGAUUCUCCGAAAUUCUGUGA